GACCAUCAUAUUGCCUGUCAGGAAGAGGGGAGAUCACGGGGGAGAGCGGAGAGGGGCUCGAAGCGGCGACGAAAUGCAUUUCUCAAAGAAAUAAUUGAGCUCACAGACCCCCUGAAAGCAGCACAUAUGCAAUAUGCGUUCAGAGGCGCCACAGGAAUGAGAAGAAGGGCUGCCGUGCGUCCCUGCACUUUAUAUUCGGCACAGCGGAUCGCCAGGGGGGAUAUGCGCUCAACUGCUUUUCAUAGCCAUUUUUCUCAGACAAAAGAGAACAGUUAAAACUGCUGGGAAAAAAAGCGCAAAAGAGGGCUCGGUCCAUCAGUCAAUGGAGAAAGUGGGCAGGAUGUGGAGCAACUUGAAAAGCCGCUGCCAAACUCUGUUCCACACCGAGGGCUCCGGGCGUAGCAGUGGUGGCCUCGAGGUGAGCGCCGUCCGCUGUGUGGUGGACCCUGCCCGGGGGGUACGCUUGGCCGAGUCCCUGGGCUCACGGGCUGCCAGUCCUACUCGCAGCCCCUCCUCGCUGCCUCUGGUAACUGAAGGGCUACAGGCACGGCGUGGCCACAAUUGUGUGUCGGACUUGCCCCAGAUUGUGGAGAUCUCCAUUGACAAGGAGGGCGAGGACGGGCGCAGGCCAGAGGGUACACCCAUGGCACGGAGGGAUUCGUACUCACGGCAUGCACCGUGGGGUGGCAAGAAGAAGCACUCUUGCUCCACCAAGACUCAGAGCUCGUUGGAGACGGACAAGCGGCUAGGCCGGCCCCGUGGAGGGGGACCGCGUCGCGAGCGUCGCUAUGGCGUCAGCUCCGUCCACGAUAUGGAUUUGGUGGGGGGCCGGGGUUCGGGUGCACGCUCGCUGCGUCAGCGAUUGCAUGAGACAGUGGGCCUCUGUCUGCCCUUACGGACACGCAGCCGCUCCUCCAAGGCCUUGUUCUCCUCUAAGCGCAAGAUCCACCUUACGGAGCUCAUGCUAGAAAAGUGCCCAUUCCCACCGGACUCAGACCUGGCACACAAGUGGCACCUGAUCAAGCAGCACACAGCGCCGGUCAGUCCACAGUCCUCCACCACACUGCUAGAUGCCUUUGACUCUGCCCACCACACACCUGAGGAUGAGGAGGAGCGCCUGAGGGAGCGGCGGCGGCUCAGCAUCGAAGAAGGCGUGGACCCUCCGCCCAAUGCCCAGAUCCACACCUUUGAGGCCACAGCAUCAAUCAGCUCCCUGUACAAGCUGGGACCAAAAAUGGCGCCAGGGAUUGGUGAGGGUUCUGGGGAUGGAAGGGCAGGGUUAGGCAGCACAAGUGGCUCAGGCAUAGGGGGGGCAGCAGCUUUGGUGACUGCAGCAGCAGCGGCGGUGGCGGUACCCCAGCAGACUGACUGUGACUCAGAAGAGGACUCAACCACCCUCUGCUUGCAGUCACGGCGGCCCAAGCAGCGCCACACCUCCGGCGAGGGCCACUUUAGCCGGCAGGGCCCGUGGAAGGUGCACACUCAGAUCGACUACAUCCACUGCUUGGUGCCGGACUUGCUGCAGAUCACCGGGCUGCCCUGCUACUGGGGUGUAAUGGACCGCUAUGAAGCAGAAGCGUUGCUGGAGGGAAAGCCCGAGGGCACCUUCUUGCUGCGCGACUCCGCCCAGGAGGACUACCUCUUCUCUGUUAGCUUCCGCCGCUACAACCGCUCACUGCAUGCACGUAUCGAGCAGUGGAACCACAACUUCAGCUUCGACGCACAUGACCCCUGUGUGUUCCACUCGUCAACAGUGACGGGCUUGCUGGAGCACUAUAAGGACCCGAGCUCCUGCAUGUUCUUUGAACCGUUGUUGACGGUGCCGCUGCACCGGACCUUCCCCUUCAGCCUGCAGCACCUGGCCCGUGCCGCCAUCUGCCGCCGCACUACCUAUGAUGGUAUAGGUGGCCUACCGCUGCCCCCUGCCCUACAGGACUUUCUCAAGGAGUAUCACUACAAGCAGAAGGUGCGCGUGCGCUGGCUUGAGCGGGAACCGCUGAAGAUCAAAUAGAGACAUUGGGGGUGGGGUGUGGUUCUUGCCUUGCACACUUUGACCGUCUCUUCCUUCAUCAGAUUCCUUAAAGGGGAGCAGGCAAAAAAAAAAAAAAAAACUCGGACAUGACAUCAUGUUCCCAUACCAGUCCAGCACCUGCGCACUCCUUUGUAUGGAUGUUCAGGCAGAGUGGGGAUGUGAUGUGGGGGUGGAGCUCUGGGAUGGCUGUGUAAAACUAUACAAAUGUGUUAUAACCUCUUAUCAUAUUAUUUACUUAAGUCACAGGGACUACAUACACAUAUAUAAAUAUAUACAGUAUACGCUGUCCAGCAAACACACAUUUUUUUUUAGCA